GACGGGACGUCCUUCUCCCUCACACUCAGGAGAGUUUACCGGAGCAAAUUAGUUUGCAAGAGUUUCUCCCUCAGAGAGAACUCCAAAGAAACCGCUUCUAACCUGCGGGAAGGAAGACCCAGAAAGAGACACGACCCUGGUGGGCCACCUGAUCCCGGGAGCGGGAUUUAUUUUCCUUCUACAUUCCUGAUGGAGUCCUACAGGGUGACUGGCAUUCCUAACAGUGGACCGCAGCGGGGCUACAAUCAGCCGUCCCGCACUUCCAGGCCCAACACGAAUGGAGCCGGUUCUUACGGCCUCAGUAUUCGUGUCCAGGGUAUAGAUGGACACCCCUACGUGGUCCUCAACAACCAGGACAGGGGUCCUCAGUCUUACACUAACCCUGACAGCAAUGGCUACCUUGACACGGACGGUUCUUUCAUUGAGAACUACCAGGAGUAUGAUUUCAGGGGGGAUAAAGAAGCUGGGUCCAGUGACCCCUUUAUGGAGUACAGGACACAGAAGAUGAAGCAUCCCGCUGGUCCUCAGAAUGGGGUCACCGAACCCCAGACGAAGAAACCGUCCACGCUUCUGAACUUUCAGAGGCACCCUGAGAUCCUGCAGCCGUACGAUCCAAACUCCAACUCCCUGAACCUCGAAGGUUUUAACAGCCUCCCGUCGAGGCCUGUGCCCCAAGCUGACACCGGGACACGACGUCAGAAUCCUUACCCAAAACCCGAAGCACAAGUUCCCUCCCGCUUCAGGUCCUCCAGCCUGGACCGGAGCACAGAUCGCAGACAGCCGGAGAGGAAGCAGCUUCCGCAGACGGGCGGAAACAUGGCCGACGCCGACACGCCGCUCUCUAACACAAAGUCGCCGCCUUCGGCCCAGACGGCUCAGCCUCAGAGUCGAACACAACCCCAGCCGUCUCAGCCUCUGUUUAAACCUUACCUCACCAGUUUUAAUUCAUCUCAGCCCAAACCGACCUCUAAAGGUCCGCCCGUACCUGCAGCCCAACCUCAGCCGUCCCCGCUGUCAAGUCCCCCGAGCGUCCAAAGGAGAACACCCCCCACUUCCACGCGUAGCGUCAACUCCGGCCUAGAGCACACCCAACACGAUCCUGACGUCCUUCCGUUACGUCGGACCGACUCCAGUGAGCCGGUUCUCCAGCCGUCCUCCCGAUCCCGCCACUCCUCCUUAUCUUCCACCGGCAAGUCUCUGAUAGAUGAGCAGAUGGAGGCUCUGUAUACGGACGCCAUAAACCGCCACGAGAACCGCCGCUACAUUCCUUUCCUCCCUGGCUCCGGCAGAGACAUAGACACGGGAUCCAUCCCUGGCGUUGACGAGCUCAUCGAGAAGUUUGACGGAAAAGACGGCGGCCACCAGCGGAGGGGCAGAGCGGGGCGCAGAAACCGGAUCGACCCAGAGGACAGGAAGCGCUCGCGCAGCGUGGACAGCGCCUUCGGGUUGAGAGGUGGCUCCAGCGACGCGGAUGAGUUUGGCCGACAUCGGGGCACGUCGAAGGAGCACGUCCUGCGGCCGUCGCAACUGCGUCUGCAGAGGACGGCCAGCGGGCAGGACCUCUGGACUACAGCUGUAGAUGGGCCUUCAUCCUAUGCCAUCAGUGCACCAGGAUCCCCACAGACCUCCAUCUCUAAAGGCACCGGCUCCAUACGGGGUUACACAAAGCCACAGUCACGCCCCUCCAUCCCGUCCUUUAAGAGCAAUGCGAAUGAAGAGACUCCAUCCUCGGUUGGAAAAGCGCCAACGACGUCCCUGUCCAGGCCUCCUUCCACCGCCGCUGACAAAAAGAGCAGCACCGGGGCAGACGUUCAGGCCACUCCUGAUCUCCUGAAAGGUCAGCAGGAGCUUUCACAACAAACACACGAGGAGACGGCCAAACAGAUUUUGUUCAGUUACCUUAAAGAAGGAAGCAACGAUAACGACGAUGUGACCAAGAGGAAGGUGAACCUGGUCUUUGAGAAGAUACAGACUCUGAAGACUCGGGCCACAACAAGCGCACAAGGCGACAACAAAUCCCUGGACCUUGGUGCACAGACCAAAGCUCUGCAGGAGCAAAACGCUGAACUGGAGAAAGAGAUCAUUGAGCUGAAGAAGCAGCUGGAGGAGCAAACAAAGAAGAGUCAGGCCGACAGGAGGACGGCGGCGGGUUUGAAGGAUCUGCAGCAGGAGCUGCAGCGGAGUCUGGACGAGUGCAAGAAGCUGAAGGAGAGACUGGCCAAAACAGAGGCUGAGCUCAACGCCUCAGUGGAAGAGCUUUACCAGGUGAAGAUGGAGCGGGAACAGCACCAGACAGAGAUCAGAGACCUGCAGGAUCAGCUGUCAGAGAUGCACGACGAGCUGGACUCGGCCAAGAGGUCCGCUGCUGACGGAGAGAAAGACGUCCUGAUGGCGGACGUGAUGCAGCUGAAGGCGGAGAUGCAGGAGGUCCUCAUGGCUAAAGAGGACCAGGAAGAAAUCUUGAGGAAGCGAGAAAGAGAGCUGGCGGCCCUCAAAGGCGCUUUGAAGGACGAGGUGGCCGCUCACGAUCAGGAGGUGGACAAGAUGAAGGAGCAGUACGAGAAGGAAAUAAGCCGGCUGCAGACGUCUCUGGAGGAGGCCAAGCAGAGCGGUGCGGCAGCGGUCCGAGAGAAGGCCGAGGUGGAGGCAGCCAAGGGACAAGCGGAGGGCCAAGCUGGGCGACUGAACCAAGAGAUCGAGCGACUGCGCCGGCGGACGAACGAGCUGGAAAAUGAGGUGGCUAAGCUCAACAGGAUCAUCGACGAGGCCAAGCUGCUGGAGAGCAGGCUGGGAGACAAAGCUGGCCGACUGGAGAGAGAGAAAAGGCAGCUGGAGGAGUCUCUGGCUGAGAUCAGGGAGCAGGAGGAGGAGAUGUCCCGCGCUAACCGAAUGUUGAACCUCCGACUGGAAGACGUGCAGAAGAACUUGGCCAGACUGGACCUUGAGAACAAGGAGCUGGAGGACAGGCUACAGGAGGAGAAGUCUCAGAAGGAGCAGUUUAAAAGCAUGAAGAACAACAUUGAAGACGAGAGGAGGCUGCUGGAUCGGACGGUGGAAAAACUUCAGAGGGAGAUGAACGACAUCGUCGAGGCGUCUCAGUCGUCCACUCGCGAGCUGCAGGAGCAAAUCAACCUGUAUAAGGAGAAGAACCGCCGGGAGCUGGCAGAGCUGCAGAGGCUCCUGAAGGAGAGGGGACAGGAGCUGGACAAGCUGGUGCUGACCACCAAAACCCUGCAAGAGGAGUUGUCGCUACGGGAGGAUGAACUGCGGCGUUGUCAGAGGGAAAGAGACGAAGCUGUUCUCACGGAGCAGACGCUGGAGAAAAAGGUCCGUGAUCUGGAGGCGGAGGCUGAGAAAAACACGCAGACCAAAGACGACAAAUCCAGACAGAUGAAACUAAUGGAGGAGAGGAUCGCUCAGCUGGAGCUGGACCUCAAUGAGGAGCGUCAAAGUGGAGACCAGCUGAUGGACCGGAUAGACCGAGGAAGGGAGCAGGUGGAGCAGAUGAGGAAUGAGCUCCUGCAGGAGAGGGCUAGCAGACAGGACCUGGAGUGUGACAAGUUGGCUCUGGAGAGACAGAAUAAAGAUCUGAAGUCCAGAGUGGCUCAUCUUGAAGGCUCCCACAAGUCGAGCAAGGAGAAUUUGGUGACUGAGCUGGAAGCUCGCGUACAGGAGCUGGAGGAGAAGCUGGAGGUGGAGGAACGGGAGAAGUCCAACCUGUCCCUGGCCAACCGCAGGCUGGAGAGGAGGGUGAAGGAGAUGGUGAUGCAAAUUGAAGAGGAACAUCACACGAUGCAAGAUCAGAAGGACCAACUGAAUCUGCGUCUGAAAGCCCUGAAGAGACAGAUGGAUGAGGCUGAAGAGGAGAUCGACAGACUGGAGCACAGUAAGAAGAAACUGCAGAGAGACCUGGAUGAACAACAGGAAGCCAACGAGCAUCUCAACAGCCAGCUCAAAGCCCUGCGCAGCGAGAUGAGACGUAAGACCACCUCUGCUCCUCUGCUCAACGACCUGGAUGAUGAAGACGACGAUGACGUCAGCACUGACGGAGAGAUGUACUUCAGCUCAUCGGGCUACAAGCGCGCCUCGAGUCAGGAGAACAGCCUGUCAAGCUUUGGCUUAUAAACGGACAGCGGAAAGGCUUUUUUUUUUUACGUGCCACUGUUAAAUAAACCAGCAGGAUGUUCAUUAUUUCAUGUGCUGCUGUAGAUAUCACUCUGGUUUAUCUGUGUAAAUACUGAGACUUUUUGCGACGUGACAAAGUCGUGUGUGUUUUGUUUAUAUACGUAUAUCAAACUUCCAGCAGUGGUCACAGCUUCCAGGACUUUAACUCUGGGUGCAGUCUUGAUGUUCACUCAGUAUUAUUCGAGCAGCUCUCUGAAGGAUGAAAUUUGCAAGGCUUUAUUUUAAGAAAUGACACUUGUAAAUAAUUUUUAUUUUUACACUUUUACAUUCCCUCUUGAAUGUUUCUUUGCUACCUAAUGCAGAACUCAAGCUGAUUGUUGAUUAUCCCACCAGUAGUGAACUUAAAAACAACAACUACUACUGAUUGCACUGUAAACCCAAACAACCAGUACUGCCUUUACAAACAACCACUUCUUUUUAUGCCUGAACACUCUCUUUUCUACAAUCCAGGUUUAUACAUAUAUUUACUUUUUAAUGAAUAUAAACCUAAUUUGAACAUAUGAAGUGAACUUUGCCAGGAGGCUUUGUUUAAUUUAUUCAUUCUUGGCUUAUUAAGGGGUUAUUUUUGGGGAAGGGUAAAUGAGGGACUUUGUACACAUCUUUUUAUACAGUGUUGCAUCUUUUGAUGACCAGUUUUAUAACACAGUGACAUCAAUGUGUAUGUUAUUAAUACUUUUUGUGUUAAUUAAUCAGAUUUUGUAUAAUAAUCUCAGUAUUGUUUGUAAGCCUUCUGGAAACAUUAGUUUUUGUACUAAAUGAGACAUUUUAUUAGUUACAUCUUUGUACAAAGUUAUCUUUGCAGACCCUUUGAUUUAACUUCCAUCUCUUGUUAGAUCUCAGUGAUAAUACUGCGCUUUGGGGAAACCUUUUAAACUUAUUAUCUCGGAGUGCCUUCUGAAAUUUCCCUUUUCACCCGAAUGAGUGAUUUUCUUAAUCUGUGAUGAACUGACAAUCAAAUGUUUUUCUACACUGUGACAAUUUGCACUCUGUGUUUGCUCUGUGCUGAAAAUGCUGAAUUCUGACACCUGUGGAGGGAUGCAGAUUCCUGCCAUCGCCUCUCUGUAUACAACUGUAUGUUCAUCCUGCUGUGAUUAAAAAUAAACUUUCAGUUACUCCA